ACGUCACACCCAGAGUCCAGCUCUGAAUUUUUUUUUGUUACCGACCCCAGCUCGAUGCGGUGCAAACAUAAACUCGGUUAACAGAAGCUGGACAAUUUAUUUGCAAGCUGAGACAUUGAACAAAAAAGGUUCGUUCAGCGUAUAAAGUGCGGUUGAACGACACUGACAUUAUCUGGAUGGAUAGUAAGGAACGGACCUGUUUAAAAGUGUCAGAAAGCAGAUACAGGAGUGCUACCUACACCGAUCUCCGAGGACGUAUUAUACAAUACACGAAUUUACACUGUGAUUCCUGUUCUUUCUCUUUCUCACUUGGACCCCAUUCUGACUGACAGCCCAGCGUAUCUCGAGAAGAUUGGUCCUGUAAAAGGUAUCGUUAGCUCUGCUGGUUGUAUAAUGACGUAUCGCUGUUAAAAUUGGAAGUGACUCUUUCCUGAGUGAAUGCAGUCUGUGAGUGGAUUAAUCGGGGAGAGGCGGAUAAAAGUCGGAAAUUGCCCCAGAGUGAACAAGUCUGUCCUAGCCCGUGGUCACCUGCCUUCCUCCGAACGGCAGUGUCUGCUAUUAACUUCUUUUAGGAUCUGCCAAUCCUAUCAACACGAAAAAGAAACGAGUAGGCUAUAGAAUUAUUCAUCCUUCUUCAGCGUGAAGAUGUUUACCGUGCUUUCAGCGCUCCACUUUCUUACACUCUGUGGCGCGGAAAUUUCAGCCGGAUCCGGUACAGUCAUUGAUGCCGUUGCUGGACAAGAGGUUCAGUUCCCUGUGGAUAAUCAGUGUGAAGAUCAAUAUGAUGUAACAUUUCGGUUACUAUCCCCGGGGAUAGUUGCUGUCCUUGCCUUACGGGGAACGGACGGGUCUGAACGCCGACACCCAGUGUACGAGGACAGACUGUAUUGGAGCGCGACUGAUUCCCCGGUGCUGUCCAACGUGCGGGUUACUGACAGUAAAAGAUACAGCAUCCAAAUCGACUGCUACAGCCCACACAUAAACAGUAGUAUAAGUGCAAAGGUCUUCGAAUUGCGUGUGUUUGAACCAGUUUCGAAGCCCGUGAUAACAAAAACUGGGAAUUGUUUAUCUCCAAAUAUUACUCUGAGCUGCUCUGUCUCCAAUGCAACAAAUGUCACAUUCUGCUGGGAAAUUCUAUCCCUGUCCGGAAAUAUCACGACCUUUGAUGGGCCAGAACUGGUGAUAAACCAUGUGAAUGAAUGGGAACAAUAUAUAUUCAGAUGCACAGCAAAGAACAGAGUCAGUAAUGCAAGUAGUGAACAAACUAUCACAGACCUGUGCAAUAGAAAUAAUUUUCCACAUACAGAGAGAGAGGUACAAAGGCCUGAAGAGAAAAUGGUUUCCCUUCAAGAUGGAUUUAUUGAACCCACAUAUAUUACUACUUUAGAUUAACAUUAAAGACUGUCCAUUAACUGCACAGUAAUGCUUGUACUGUUUGCCUCCAUGUCAGGAAAUGCAUUUGGGGCAACUAAUUAAAAACUGGAAGUAAAUGAUUGAAUCUCAUCUACUGUAGAAGGAUGGUCAGUUGCAUGGGUCUUUAUCCAACUCUGUAUGACAAUGCAAUGGAAUAGCAAUGAAUUUCAUGACAUUACCAUUACCCAACUGAACUGAAAAAACUCAAAGCCAGAAUUCUAAACAUACAUGUCCUCAAGAAUUUGAUGAUUAUGAGGAGCCUGGCAAGUUAUGCUGCUGAAAUACAACAGGUGAAGGAAAUCUGAUUUACAUUGUCUAACCUGAGGAUAUUGUUUCCAAUUGUGUCAUUAUGUAUCUCCAGCUGGUAUCAGUAUGUUCAUGUGCAUUUGUCAGAUAGAACUGAUUAAUUUUUCUGCAUUGCAUAACGAGAACGAAGAAUGAGACACAAAAUUGGAACUGAUAAUUGCCAAUUUUAAUGAAAAUUUCCAUCCAUCAAAUCCAUACAGCCAGUAUUGCAGGAAGGCAACAUAUUGAAAAUUGACCCCAUGAAGCUGACCAUUGUGAAAAGCAGCUAUGAUAUAAAACAGAUAAUGUGAUCAACAACCAAACGUGUAGUUGCUUUCACUAUUAGUCACCAACAUUGAGUGGACAUUUGGUUUCUAAGGUCACCUGGACUAUGCUCCUCUUCAUAAAAGUGGACGAUGAGGGUGAGGAUUUGCAACUGAAGUUCCUCACUUCCAUGGCCAUUUUUUACUUCAGCCAGAAUAUGGUCUUUUGACUUCUAGCGAGGCAUGGCAGCAAGACUGAGCCAACAAGGUACUGACCAUGAAUGGCAGGAGAAGAAAAAUAUAGGACUGGUCCUAUAAUGGCAUUUGUUAUUUUUUACCAUUGAGAUAAACUGUAGUUACUGUCAAAUAACCUCCCUAGCAAACAACAUUUAAUUUAAUGUGUGGUCUCAUUCUUUCAAAGCAUAAAUAGUAUUGAGUUUUGUAAUUUAAAAAAACAUUUUACUUUCUUAAUGAAAUAUUUCUCUAUUUUUUCCAAUACCCGAUUUGACGUUGCAUUAAACCAUAUUUAAAAAUAAUAGUUUGGUUGAGAUUGUUUAAUUAUACUUCAUGAGAAGACAAGAAAAGCAACAUUAAAAGUACAAUUUUGAUGAUGCAUUUUAAAUACACUUCCACAACCACGCAGCCCAUUUAAGGAUGCAUGAGUCUUCAUGGAAGACAAGCAAAUUAAUUUGAGAUAGGGAUGAAAAUUCAAUAAACCUACAAGAAUAUUUUGUAAUGAUCUGAAACUGAUAAAGGGUAGGGGUCAUAUCUCAGUUUGGUGAAAAAAUUGCUUAUCUCUGUUGUGUAACCUUACAAUUGGGUGAUACAGGUCACAGCUAAUUAUGCUUAUAUUAUAAUGAUCACCGUAUCAGUUGUGAUUGUUAAAUCAUGUAGCCUACUCUGUAUCUGGAUAUCUUCUAUGCAUCUGUUGGAAUAAACUCUGUUAUUGCCUCAGACUGCCAUAGAGUAAUUACUUUACAGUUUUGAUCCAUUUCCUCUUUCUGCUUCUUACUGAACAAAAGACUGUGUGUGUUAAAUACACAGGGUGGGUUGUAAAGUCUCUUAAAGUGUGUGAACCAAAAUAAAGAUUUCCUGAAGCAAAGAUUCCUGAAGUUCACAGUUUUUUUU